AUGCGACUCGCCAAAAAAUCAUCCGACCCGCCAAAGAAUUCAUGCGACUCGCAGCAAAGAAUUCAUGCGACUCGCCAAAAGAAUUCAUGCGACUCGCCCAAAAAGAUGUUCAUAAAGAAUUCAUGCGACUCGCCAAAAGAGUUCAUGCGGCCCCGCCAAAAAAUUCAUGCGACUCGCCAAAAGAAUUCAUCGCCAAAAAAGAAUUCAUGCUGCUCGCCAAAAGAAUUCGCCGACUCGCCAAAAGAAUUCAUGCGACUCGCCAAAAGAAUUCAUGCCUCGCCAAAAAAAUUCAUGCCACCCAUAAAAUUCAUGCGACUCGCCAAAAGAGUUCAUGCAGCCCGCCAAAAGAAUUCAUGCGACUCAGCAAAAAGAAUUCAUGCGACUCGCCAAAAUGCGAUUCUUUCGAUUCAUGCGACUCGCCAAAAAUUCAUGCGGCCCGCCAAAAAGAAUUCAUGCGACUCGCCAAAGAAUUCAUGCGGCUCCGCCAAAAAAAGAAUUCAUGCGACUCGCCAAAGAGUUCAUGCGGCCCAAAAUAAUUCAUGCGACCGCCAAAAAAAGAAUUCAUGCGACUCGCCAAAAUUCAUUCGCGACUCGCCAAAAAAGGUUCAUGCGGCUCGCCAAAAAUUCAUGCGACUCGCCAAAAAAUUCAUGCGACUCGCCAAAGAAUUCAUGCGACGCCAAAAGGUUCAUGCGGCCCGCCAAAAGAAUUCAUGCGACUCGCCAAAAAGAAUUCAUACGACUCAUAAAAAAUUCAUGCGACUCGCCAAAAAAGAUUUCAUGCGGCCCGCCAAAAAAUUCAAAAAAAAUUCAUGCGACCCGCCAAAAGAAUUCAUGCGACUCGCCAAAAAGUUCAUGCACUCGCCAAAAGAAUUCAUGCGACUCGCCAUAGAAUUCCUUCAUGGACUCGCCAAAAAGAAUUCAUGCGACUCGCCAAAAGAGUUCAUGCGACUUGCCAAAGAAUUCAUGCCACUCGCCAAAAAGAAUUCAUGCGACUCGCCAAAAGAAUUCAUGCGGCUCGCCAAAAUUCCUUACGGCCCGCAAAAAAAGACUCAUUCAUGCGACUCGCCAAAGAAUUCAUGCCACUCGCCAAAAAGAAUUCAUGCGACUCGCCAAAAGAAUUCAUGCGACUCGCCAAAAGAAUUCAUGCGGCCCGCCAAAAAUUCAUGA